AUUCCCUUGUUUGAAUCUCAAUUCAAGCACAAGGUGGUUCAAGCACGUGGUGCACCGUGCACUGCAGGUUAAGAGGUUCAAUGCGAAGUAGAGCAAGUGGUGCACGUGGUAUGUGAUACAUAUGAGGACAUAUGAGUGUGAGUGUGACAGUGUAGCUGAGGGAUGUGAAUGCGAGACAAAUUGACGGUUAAUUAGUGUGACGUGAUUUAGGCGAAAAUUUUUUGAAGUGUUUUUAGCAAUUAUUGUAGGUUACGUUUCAUUGAACUUGACACAAUGGCUGAUAACGAACAUAAUGUGUUUGAGAAAAGGAUACAAGUUCCAUGGAUGUUUUUGUCUGAGUGGCAGAAAGUCCGUGAUGACGUGUAUUCAAACGAUAUUGAUCUUCAGCGAAGAAGUUAUGAAAAAAUGUUGCUUUGGAAAGCCAGACAGUCCCGGUUGCCUGCUGGUGUAGAAUGUACUCUGGAAUUAAUUCGUGUACGUAUAAUAGAUCAAGAAGUUACACAACAAAUGGCUAAUGGUCCCAGUCCCAUGUAUGCUGAACAUGAUAUGCAACUUAUGUGUAGUGCUGCUGUAAUGAGAUUUUUAAAUCAUGUUUCCAAUGUAGCAAAAGCAGUAGGUGAUACAAUGUAUUCAAUGGCUAGCAAAUUGAAUAUCCCUAACUGGUUGGUGCUCCUGCGCCAUGAUAGUGCUCACAGUACUAACUUGCCCUCGCUUGAAGUUCUUCGUAUGGCAGUUAAUUUUGCUCUAGAGUGGUUGAAUGAAAAUUAUUGGAAAGACAUUGCAAUUGCACCUGAACUUGUUGUCUCAAACACAGAACAUUUUAGUGAUAAGCGUGUUGAAGAAUAUUUGGAUGUUUGGCAGGCUGUGAAAAUGCUCCUUGUAAUGCAAUUACUGCAUAAAAAAAUUGAAUCACAUACUAAAGAAAGUGAUAUAUGGAAAGAAAAUACUGGUAUGUUGAAGAACAUUAUUAAACGUGUAAGAGACAAAUUGUUCCAAGCUAUCAAGGCAGAUCAUUCCAAAUUAGAAAAGUUACUUGCAUUAAUACUGGAAAGCGAGUCAUUCAUACCACCAGUCAAAUUUCUUAUUGAUGGAAAUCAAGAAGAAUUAACAAAUGAGACAAUAUUGCAUUGGCUUUGCCAGUUUUGGCAGGACUUUUUAAUACCGCUUCAAGAAGAUUUUGGCUUAUUUCCUACAUUGGUACACAAAUUGAUCAUUCUUUUAAAAGAAGAGAAAUGUAAACACCGCCAAUUAAUCAUGGCACUGUGGAUUAAUCAGCUUUGUAUUAGCAUGGCAAAAUCUCAGGCUAUUAUGGCAAAGGCAUCACCACACAAUAUAAUUGAAUUAGAUAAGGACACUCGAAUGAAAAGAGCAGACACAUUAAAGCCAAAAAUAGAUGUACCUGUAAAAGUCAUUCAAAAAUUUAACAAGCAAAAUGUUCAUUUAAAAGAUGGAUUUCUUGCCUUAAUUAAUGACCCCAAGGGAAAUUCAUGUCCAGUGGCCGAUGUGAAAUUUGCUGUUCUUAAUCCAAAUGAAUUUACAACUCUGUUUCUAUCGAGUUUACUGAAUGUUGCAAAUCCAGUGAUACCGGAUACUUCAAAGUGUCUUCUAAAAGAAUUACUUUCUAUUUGGAUGGAACCUACAAAUUUACAUACUGUUAAAUCCAAUAAAGUUAUUCACACAGUAGAAGACUUGUACAAAAUAAGUGGAAAAGGAGUAUCUAAAAAAAUUUUUUUUGGAGAAAAUAUUGGUGUAACAUCAGAACCAUUGGAGUAUGCUUCAGAGUAUGAUUGGGCCACCUGCCCUCUUGGAAUCCUGCCUUGGCAAAAGGAUUCAUGCGUUGAAUUGGUUAUGCCCUCUCAUAUUUCGUGGACAUUGUUUGUAGAGAAUGUUAAGGGCUCAGAGGUGCUCAAAAAAACAUUUGUUCACUCACCAUAUGUUCAAGAAAAAGUAAAUUGGCCUGCAGUUGCAAAAAACAUUUCCUUAGUCAAUGCCAAAAGAAAGUUAAAGAAAAUUAAAGCAAAGAAGCUGAAGAAAGCUGCUCGAUUGCACCUGCAAAAAACAUAGCUUCAAUUCGCUUACAGGUCUCUAGAAACAUGGUAACAGUGUUGUUUUGAUGUAAAUAUGUUUUCAUUCUAUUUGAUUUUUGCAUCUGUUCUGAAAAUAGAGCUUGAACAUCUGAAAGUAACAAAUGUCAGUGAAAUUUAAAUAUUAUAAUAAAUUUUCUAGGAGCCAUAUGUUUAAUAUUAAUAUACUCGAUUCUGUAUCUUUUUUUAAUAAAUCAUUAAGUGUUAAAAAAAAUUGAAGAAUGUAGUUACUUUGAUAAAUUUUAUUAUAUUUUUCAUUAUCGGAAUAUUUCUUGCUACAUUUUACUUCAUGUGUAAAAGAAAACAGCCAGCUUUACAUAGUAAUUGCAUUAUAAGGAAUUUAACAUUCAUUUAAUUGGUAUUUAUUUUAUUGGUGACCAAAAGAGCAUUUAGUUGCGUAAACACAAGUGCAUAAUUGCAAAGGGUACUCUCUUUCAGCCAUGUGUAAUAUAUUGAAAUCAAAUCUGAAGAUAUUUGCCCAUGCAGUUCUGUUACUUAGUAGCAAACAUUUAACAUACAUAAUACCAGGAGUGUUUUGGAAAUUAUUGAUAAAUCUCUAACUUGUUAAGCAAGAAGGGGAUUUAUCUGAAAAUUUUCAAAGCACAAGUGGUAUAGGACUAUUCCACAAAUGAAAUUAUGUCCAACAGAGUUCCAAAAUAUGCCAAAUAUUGAAAAUAACUGAGAACUAUGUUAUAAUCAAAGAGGGAGCGAUGUGGUUUAUUGGACUUUGACACAGUGAUCAAUGGACCACCUCCUAAGAUACAGGAGUUACAGUUUAUGAUUAG